AUGAAAAUUGCGCUUGUAAAUCGGCGAAAUGACUCUAGUUUUGCAUUGAAGACUAAAAAAUUCAUCAAUAUUUCCAGAUACUAUAGUAUUUGGUAGUUUGUUUAGCGGUCAUGAAAAUAGCUCGUAGGGGUCCGUGUCCUGUUUGGUUGUUAUUGUCCAAUGGCCGUUAGUAAUGAAUCAGCGAACAGCGACAAGGCUUCGCCGUCGCUGCUUUUAUACGGCAAACAAUUGUCUCCAGAAUGGAAAGCGAUUUCGACAACGGGUCAAAGGAUAUAUUUUGUCAAUCAGCGCACUCGAUCAUCGCACUGGUUUCCACCACCAGAAUUUUGGACGAGUAAACUUGGCCUUCCCUACGGUUGGGAAGCGGCUCUGGAUGACCACGACAGGAAAUACUAUAUAAAUCAUGUGACAAGGGCAACAACUAGAGAAGACCCAAGAUCAGAGGCUGAUCAGGCAACUCAUGUUAAGAUGACACUGCCUCAAGCUAGGAGAAUUGAGCUUGUGAGAGAUGCUAAAAUAGGGUUUGGUUUUGUUGCUGGGAGUGAAAAGCCGGUCGUUAUACGCUCCGUUAUACCAAAUGGCCCAUCCCACGACAAGCUUUUUGCCAAUGAUCAGAUUCUGAAGGUGAAUGAGAAAGACGUCAGAUCCGCUGCUCAAGCUGAUGUUAUCAGUCUUAUAAAAAGUGCGACUGAUCGCAUUGAAAUCGAAGUGGUGGCGAGUGAAGAUGUACAGGAUACCAAAAACCAGCACAAUCGAAAGUCCUCACUCAUGAGUCGAACUACAAGAGAACGCCGUCGGUCAAUUCCAGUCUCCGUACGUUUUGCGGAUGAGCCCGCGUUGGUGCAGGUCAUUGGUCCGAUGGAGCCAAUUCGAAGGUCUUCAGUGCCACUCAUCCCGAAUGUGCUGAAAGUCUUCUUAGAAAAUGGCCAGACACGUUCCUUCCGUUACGACUCCGAUACAACUGUCGAGGAAAUAUUUAGCUCAUUUAGCUCAAAGCUCGAUAUAAAGUCAAUGGAACACUUCAGUUUGAUUCUCAGUGGCCCCAAGAAAGGACAAGUUUCGUACAUACAAAACUACGAGAAGAUCUCAGAGAUUUAUACUAAUCGCAACUGCAGCAGUGUCAACUGCAUAUGCAAGCUUGUCAUCGCAUUUGUUCCUAAAGAUAACGACGAACUACUGUCAGAAGAUCCAAACACCUUCGAAUAUCUUUAUGCCCAGGUAAGCAACAGAGUUGUAGAGGGUUUCUACGGCUUGGAUCUGAAAUACGACAUGGCCAUAAAACUGGCGGCGCUGCAAAUCCAACAGAAAGCAAUGGAAGCUGCCGCAGGAAGACCGAUGAAAAUCUCCGUUCGUCAGGUGGAAAAAGAAUUCGGUGGACUUGAGAAGUUCGUCGCGUCAGAUUUGUUAAACAACAUGAAGGAAAAAGAAUUGCGAAAAACUCUUGAUCAGCAGAUCAAGCAGAACGAGACCCUUGCCUCACCAGGAGAGAGAUAUAUGAGCUCGCUGCAGUGCAAAUUGCAUUAUCUCAACCUCGCGGUUGAAAUGUUUUCCUAUGGCGGGAGAUACUUUGAUGCUAAGCUCCUUGAUAACGAGAACGAUGGACCCAGUCUAAAAAAGGCCAAGAAGCAACAUAUCACCGUUCUGAUCAACUUGAAGUAUGGAGUAAGUCAAGUCCUCAGAGGAAAAGUAAAUGUGUUGUGUCAGCUGGCUGAACUUCAAGAGAUAACAGGAUUCUCAAUUCGCCGUGAAGAAGACAACAAGCGGUUAUUACAGAUCAAGCUACAAGAGGGAAAGAAAUUACAACUGAUCUGUACCACCUUGGACUGCUUGGAUAUGAUUGCACUAAUCACUGGUUACUACAAGGUGUAUGUCGACAAUACGAGUAACACACCGUUACCAGUAGAGAACGAAGAGACUUGGCCUUUCAGCUUCCGAAAGAGCUCCCCUCGUAAAGAUGCGCCAGACUACUACUCAAGACAUCGAGUUGUCCCUGACGUGUGGUCUUAUCCUUCCCGCUUUCAAAUCUCAAGUGCCAUCAAAAAACCACAACUAGAAAAUUCUAAGCCUUUUACUGAGCACAAAGACGUUUUCAUUGACUUUUCAAGCGCCCCGCCUAGAUAUAAAGUUAAUGAAACUGCCAUUUCAGAAGAAUCCGAACCGGAGGACAUUAUGGUAUCGGAGAGUACAAGUCAGCAACAAAACGGUGAAAUAGACAUUGACCAUGGACAAGAAUCACCCCAGCACGAUGCUUUAAAAACGGAGAGUGUAAAUAGUGGUGAAGAAGAUCUCGUUGAUAUACACGAGGAUGACAGUGCAGGUCUAGUUCUGUUUGAUAAAGAUCACGAACUCUUGGAACCAGCUUCUUCUAUUUUGAAAUGUGCGCCGGAUGAGGAAAGUUUUGGUGCUCUAGUAACUGAUGCAGGUAGCAAAGCCUUUGAAACCGUUUCAAUAGAUCGCAGUGAUAGUUCCGACAAAUUGCAUCAUAGUCAGAUGAAUAACUCUACUCACGAUGAAAGAUUGUUUAUAGACGUUGAAGAGGGACAUGAGGAGAUUUCGUCUGACACUGAGGACGACAAAGCUGAUGAAAAUGAGCUAGGUCCUUACCUUGAGUCUAGUGAGCGCAGUCUUUGUCACACAGACAUUAACCAAAACGUUCUUUGUGAUUACUCCUCUACAAAAAUUCCCUCGCUAGCAAACGACAGUAACAUUGCAAGGUCUGCUUUUUCAGAGCCCGACCCUUCUAUUGCUACAGAUCCUCUACGUGACCGAAGGCAAUCACCUUCAAAGGCCUUGGACUUCGACGAAAGUAAGUUCGACAAUACAGGAAUUGAUGUGGUAGAUUUCCAUGACAAAAAAACCUAUCAGGAGUCUGUUGAGCAAGGAAGUGCAUUAUCUUUACGACGGAAGGACUUGGGUAGUGAUGAAAAUGAACGUGGCGACGGUUACGAGAGGGAAGUACAAUCUAUAGAAAGCGUUCAGAGACUUGACGAGCUAGAAUUGAAGACUGGUUUAAGUUUGAAUAGCUACGAAUUCGCAGCUGGUAACGAAGACGAUCUAUUGGAUAGCAUAGACAGUCAUCAUAUCAGUUUGGAUUUUUCUGAGGAAAGCGAGGCAGAAACAGUUUCAACAACGUCAGAUGACGGUGAAUCUCUGUGGUCCUUAUUUCCACAAUACUUUCGGCCGAGUGGUCACUUGAUGCACCCGAGUAAUAAUAGUGUGGAUUUCUCUUUGGCUGAAGAAGAUCAGUAUGAAGACGGUGAAAAUUCUGAAACCGAACGAGGAGUAGCACUGCUGAGCGUCAAGGUGCUAAGUGCGAGAGAUGAGAGUUCUCCGAACAUCGGUUCAAGGGAUAAUGAAACUAUCUUUCUCGAUAACUGCGACGAAUUGUCAACAGCCUCUUCUGAGAGUCUCGAAGAAACCUAUGAAUUAAAUGCCGAAAUACACUCCGAAAGCGAAGAAGUUAGUGAGGACAGCGGUUAUGUCAAUUCCAAAGAGAACGGUAAGAGUAGCCGGGGAGAAAUUCAUAACAAAGUUGAGGAAACUUCGUCUUCUUCUCCAAAUGAUGCAUUGUUGGUUGCUGAGACGAGGUAUACGUUGGAUUGCGACCAAUACACUGAAGAACAAUUUCUUGAGAAUUUCAAGUCCACCGAAAUGUUAAAAGGAAGCGAAGUUCCCAGCCACUUAAGUGAUGCGUUGGUUAAACAUACUAUUGUGGGAAAUGCAGAAAUUCUCUCGAACGAAAGUUUCUCACCUAAGAACUUGGACGAUAGGGGAACUUUUGUAGAUAGGAGCUACUCUCCUUCCGACUGGAUAAUUCCAUCCCCACCCACUCCAACGCCUGAGCUCCAGGAUACUGAUAUUCCCAUUGUUUCACCCCCUCCUCUUUCCACAACGCCAGACGGAAGUCGACUAGAUGAGGAGCUGAUGUGCUUAAUUGUCCCUCUCCCUCCCACUUCGGUCGAUAUUUUGCCGAAUAUUUCGGGAAUCAAGAUUGUGUCUCCCCCACCUUUGGACUUUAGUGACAGCGAGUUGGAGCGUUUGAUGGAUGAUUAUGAUGACGUAAAAUUUCUUUCUCUAACUGAUGACCACAAACUCGCCAAGACCAACGGUUUGGUGUCAAUUGAAAACUACGAUACUAAUUUCACUGAGGACAAGAAGCUUCAGGUAAAAAAGGUCGCAGCUGAUCUUCCAAUGACUCAGAAAGAAUCACCCGCCCUUUUGAGCAGAGAGGAAAGUAUUUAUAGUCCGGCAGAAAACCUUUCCAAAUCAAAUCAAUCUCGCGCCAAGAACUUUCCUUCAACUUUCACGUCUCAUAUAUUCGAGUCACAUGUUUCACCUGAUCCGCCCUCUGCCUGUGUCCCGUCGACCUUCCUUGAUUUGAAUACCGGAUUAAAAUGUGAUAAAGAUAGUCAAAAGCAGGACGAUGUUCUCAACAAGGGCAUCGUGAAAGGUUCGGAAAGUCUUGACAUUUCCAUGAGAAAUGAUAAAAGCAUAAAAACGGAACUUGGGGCGAGCCCCGCUCCCGAUCAAAGUACUCAGAAAAUUAUCGAGCAAUGCAGAAGAUUUCCCUCAAAGCAAAAGCCUCCGGUUCCUCCUAAACCUCGAAUCUUCCGGUCCUGGUCAGUUUCGGGUGAAAAAACAGUCAGUUUACCCGAAAAUCCAACUGACGGGAAAGCUACGUGCAAGUUACCAACCACUGGCGCUCGGUAUCCAGGAAAUGGACUUUUGGGAUCCAUAGCCAAUUUAUCUCCAGUUAAGAGUUCUAACAUGCCAGAGGUAACGUCUACGAAAAACACUGAUCAUUCUUUACGCCAAGUGCUUCCGAGUUGUAACCAAACAAUCAUGGUGCAUUCGCAACAGAAAUCUUCUCCUCUAACAUCAAUCGGUCAAAAAGACGAUCCAACCGGGACUGAGAUCAACCUCCGGCGUGAAAAGCUUAUUUCGAAGAAGAGUUUGUCAUUUACUUUCACAUCGCCAUACGUGCCUGCACCGUACUCAACGUCACGGAUGCAAAAUUUAACUUUGACAACGUCUCCAACGGAGAGGCUGCAUGGACUGACACGUUGCAAAGACAACAACAACUUUUGUGCGGGAAAUUCUUCUGGAGCAUCAGAAGGAAACUGUGUAAAUGCAGUACACUUUCAUGGGCCGAUUGUGAAGCCAGCAUCGCCUCUACACAAAUCUUGUAGAAAUUCAAGACACCCUAGCAGAAAUCUAUCUGGAGAUGACCCAGAAAGCACAUUCUUAAAGCAAAGAAACGAAAGCUCAGACCAGCACCAAGUAGACCCUGAGCAUCAUGAAGAAAAGUGCAACAGUACGUUCAGCCCAUCUCCUCUCCCUGAUAGUCCCCCACCACCAUUACCGAAGUCUUCUCCCCCUGCCACAAUUCCCUCGUUCGAUCUCGAAGAUUUUGACAAUGGCGAACCCUUAAUCGAGACAUUUUGCGAUGACGCUCUGAACUAUAGCGUUGAAUCAAACACCAGUCCGGAUCUUACAUCUCUCAAUAAAGACUUGAAAUUUAAGCUCUCUUCCGACUCAGUAGAAAAAUCAAGGUCAGGCUACUUUGAGCGACGAGAUGGUGAUAGUGCGUUAUCUGCAUCUUUAACUUCAUCUUCACUUUGUCGAGAACGACGUUCCCUGAGUGAAGAUUGGUCUGCUCACAGUAAUUCUUUCUUUUUAAACGGUCGAACGAAACGACGCAGCGUUGCUUUCGAGGAGAGUUCUCAAUUGGAUGACGAUGUGGCCAAAGAUUCCUCUCACAAAUUGGAAGAAUUUCAAAUAAAAGCUUUUCGAGCGAAGAGUUACCAUGUUUGCGAGGAAGGCCUCUCGAAGGUGAACUUUUUAAUGAAUAGGUUGGAGUUGUGUUUGAACAAAACUGCAUUGAAUGCACAAACGAACGGCGAAAACAGAAACUGGCUGUUGAACUUUCAAAAUAAUGCGAGAUUCUUAGCAUGCGAUGUCAAGGUUAUUUCAUCGAGUAUCAAACGUGGAAGCCCUCAAGUAGUGUCAGCCGUUAAAACAUCUUUAGAUUCUCUUGAAAAGGUGGUUGAGUCAUGUGAGAAUACUUACUCGAUGCUAAACGAUACAUGCGAUCGGAAUGGCCGCCAUAUCGUUGCCAUGGUCAAAGAAGUGGUGGAACAAUACCGUGACAUUUUGUGCACUGUCAAAGCUACCUCAUUUCAACAACCCGAUAACCCGGAUGUAGAAGUUCUGGUCAUAAAGACCAAUGCUCUUACAACAUUGAUUGAUUCAGUGAUUCGAGCUCUGAGAAGGCAUUAGUUCCAGGUUAAUCAGUUUUUUAGGGCAUCAAACAUAAUAAGGAGAAAUUCCUUCUUUUACAUAAUAAUUUUUAUGAAAUGGAUUCGCCGUAAUUGUAUGAAUAGCGGUGAUAAAACGAUUCCAGUGUCGAUGUGCAUGGCGAUACUCUGUUACCAGACAACGCCAUCGGUUGAUAAGCAUGAUAAUGCCGUUAUACCAAGAAACGUUAUCUUGUUUGGGCUGGUAUUAAAGAGGGUAGGGUAUGACGUUUAUGGCGCAUGGUAAAAAGCAAAGAAUUCAGUACCCGCCGUCAGCUUUCAGCCGCUUUUAUACGAAAGUUAAGCUACUUGUGUUAACUGUGAACACGAGAUUUUAUUUUUCUAUGAAUUCAAUGCACAGAUUUUAGCUAAGUAGUAUGAGGGUACAUUUAUGCCGUUCGCCGUUACCGCAACGCCCAUGCUUAAACUCGUCAACUCAUUGAGUUGCAGCGAAACCCUUUUCAACAAAGCUGUAUAGACUUUAAUUUGAAGUUUUUUAGUGGUCUUUUUUUAUUUAUUAUGAAUUUUUUUCGAUUGAAAUAGACGCCCGA